UUGACUGUAACUCUUCUGAAAUGGUAAAAUGUGUCUUCUGUGCACAGUUCCAUGAGGUUUUACGGUGUCUUUCACAGCUGCAUUGAAGAGUAGAGGCGUGGCACACUGAUGGCCACCCGUGUGCUGUGUCGGCGGGUCUGCUCCCUCCCUGGCUGGAGAAGAAGUCUCACCCAAGGUCAACACAAUCACACCAAAACAAGGGAAGAGAUAAGUGAACAGGAGGAAAACAAGAAUGUGACGGAUCACCUGGAUGUUUCCUUCCAACGUGGAUACAAACUGUAUUACAAUCCUUCGUCAUAUCAUGUUACAAGGACCUCUGCUAAUUCUCGCAGUCAGAUGGAUAGCUCUGAAGAGGAGCAGUUUUUCAGUGCUUCCUUUUGGCAGCAGAGCAACCACUACAGCGUGAGUUGCUCACGGCACCUCUCAAGCUCCAAAAACACACUUCUUGAUUUAGCUCUAAACAGAGCAUCUGAAACCGAAGCACCAUCUGUGUCAUCCUACAACAGGAAGCCAGUCACACCAGAUGUUAAAGUUGACACACGAGCCUUCCUUAAAUGCAGACCAGAGUACGCUUUCCUGUCCCUUGACCGCACCCAGCGACCACAACCAGUAGAAUGGGUAGAAUUGUUGCCACGACUUCAAAAAGUGUCUGUUUUAAGGGCCAGGAUGAAGCCACCUGACGUGUUGCAGUUUCUCUUGGAGCUCAGCAAGUUGCACCCAGACAAGAUGCCUCUGCUCCAAAGUGACCAGCGGUUUAUCAUGCUUCUCCGAUAUUCUGUAGAGCACCUCCGUCUCUUCUCUGAGCUACAGCUGCUGGAGGUGUUACAGUCGUUUGUGUGGUUGGAGAUACCCUCGUCCCACACCAUGCUCGAGGUGUACGAAGCCGAACUGAGCCGUCGGGCCAACCAGUUGACUCUACAUCAGUUAUUAUUAGCUGCUGACUUGUGGCGCUGUAUUGGGAGACAGGUGCCACAGUUCUUGCAAUGUCUCUUUGAGUCAGUUCAUCUUUAUUUGGGACAAGUAGGUGUCCCUGAGCUGGUGCAGCUCCUUUACAUAAUAGGAGAAGGUAGGCACUGUCCAAAAGACUUAAUCUGUCCUAUAAAGCAACUUCUCAUGCGUCAUUUAGCACAAAUGCAUCCUGAGGAGGUUGGCACUGUUUGUCUGGGACUCUUUAAAGCCCAAACCUCUCUUCCAGUGGGAGCAGUGACUCGUAUUGUUGAUAAGGCACUCUCUGUUGUGACUGAGAUGGGUGACUUUGCAAUGGUCAAUGUGUUGAAAUACCUGCGUUUCAGCUAUCUUUUUCACAGGUCAUGGUUGGAAGCCAUGGGGAGGGAAGUUCCUCAACGGGCUCAUCGGAUGGGAGUCCAGGGCCUGAUGCAUGUGACUUUAACUUGUUCAGCUCUUCAUUAUUGUAAUGAUAGCAUCCUGACUUCUAUUGCAGAGAGAGUUCCCUCUCUUGUGCCACAUUGCAGGAGUAAAGACUCAAGCAAACUCCUGUGGGCCUUUUCCACCUUAGGGUUCCUUCCAGCUCAGAGUCAGAGUUUUUAUCCGAGCCUGACAGAUGCCCUGAGGCAGAGGAAGGCAGAGUUCCAGCGAUACCCUGAACACCUGCUGACUGGUCUUCUAGGUUUGGCUUUUGUUUCUCAAUUUCCAGAGGAUCUUGUUACAUUAGCUCUAAGUCCUGAGUUUGUCCACUUAACACUGAGAAACUCCAAGCUAGAGCUGAAAAAAGAUUUGUUCACCUUGGAUGCAGCUGUGACUCUGGAGCUCCCUCAGUGGAAAGGCCCACGAUUGAGUGGCGAACUCAGAGAAGAGGUGGCGGAAAUGCUGUGGAAGUUUGCACAGUCAGACGUUUGCCUAAAACCAGAGGUUUUGGAGGCAGAAUCGGCUCUUCAGGAUCUUCUCGGUGGAGACAAAUUUGUAUGCAAAAGAAUGAUCAUGCCGCACACUCGCUCCAUCGAUCUGGAAAUACAUCUGGACCCCGAAGGACAACCAAUACCUGUGAAUGUACUGUGCCCUAAGCAGAAUCCCACAAUGGUUCCUUCUUCCCAAAGCUGGGAGAAAAUAAACUCAGGAGUAACGAUCACAGACAACCUUGUAGCACAACUAAUAAAAGGCAAAAACUCAACUGAACUUCCUCCAACAACUAUAGCAGCUUCCUCAGUUGGAGAGACACCACACCAAAGGCUACCACCUGACGAAGGUGGGAGAGUGUUUGAUUCAGUUCUAGAUUUGACCAAUGACAUGAUAGAAGCCCUCACCAAACCCAGCCGCAGCGACCGUACUCACCAGGACUCGGUUCGCCAAGGCAUUAAAGACUCAGUCAAAAUUGCUGUUCAGAUUUCAAACAGGAACCACUACUGCAUACAGUCACAGCAGCUGCUGGGGCUUCAUGCCAUGAAGAGACGACACUUGAAAAUUGCGGGAUACAGGGUGGUAGAACUGAGCCAUUGGGAGUGGUCUUCAAUGCUGAGGAAAAGCAGGGCAGAGAAACUGGCAUAUCUACACUGCAAAAUCUAUGACAGUCUGUAAGGUUUCAGAAACCUCUAGAAAAUUCAUGUUGAACAGUGUUGCAAAAAUGUCCAGGGUCCUGUUGCAUCCUAAAAUCUUGAGUAUGUGCAAAAUACAGAAACAUCUACUAAGUAGAUAAUUUAGUUCUGUUUGUUUUGUAUGUGCAAUGGAUUUUCAAACUGUAUUCACAUCUAGAAUGGGAGGUUGUUUGAUUAUUAUACAUUGGGACCAUUAAAAACAAUUAACUUUUUAUACCUCUACUGUGACAUAAAUCCUGUAUAAAUCUUUAGGAAAAAAAUGAGGAAAGAUGUUAAAAGUAAAAGAGCUGUCUGAUUUCCUAAGGGCAGAUACCCUUAAGAUAAUAAAAUGUAAUGCCCAUUUUAAUUCAAAAA